AUGUACAUGUCGAACAAGAAGUGCGUGAUAGGGACAAUGAACAGAAGAGUAAGAGCAAAGCGUAUAUACGCUGACAUGCAAAGGAAUGCGAGGUACUCAGAGGUACUUCCUGCAGAUCAAGUGCUAGUGCAACAAGAAAGGAUAAACAAGCUCACAACCCAUUUUGAACCAAGGCCGUACACUGUGGUAAACAAGCAUGGGAACAGCUUGAUAGUGCAAUCUCCAGGAGGAGCCCAAUACUCCCGCAAUACAUCUCAUGUAAAGAAACUGCUAGAGAAUGGUGAUACACAUGUUGAUGCACCAAGUAUACCGGAAGUGGUGGUGACCGGACAGCCCCACAAGCAGAAUAAACUGACCCCGCAGCAGAGUGUAGUGAUACCAGAACCAAAUGUUGUUGAGCCUUAA